AUGAAUGUGCUGAGGAUAGUGGCUAUUUGUAUGGAUUGCAGCAACAGUCUCUGUGCCGUGCAUGCCGAAGCACAUCCUGCAUCUCGCCGGACUUACAAACACAAGGUUGUACCACUCGGUUCAUCUACUCCCGACGUACUAAGGUCCACUGCGGGUGCAAAGUGUCCGCUGCAUCCAUCUUCUGACCAAUCACGCUUCUGCAUGGUUUGUCGAAAGAUCCUCUGUGACAAAUGCCUUGCAGCAUCAAGUCGCCAUGCCCAGCAUCGCCAGGAUUUGCUACCCAUUCAGCAAGCUGUUUCCAAAAUCAGAGACUCUCUCAUUGCAAAGAUGUCCGCCUCUUUCUCUGGCGAAGAAAGUCAACUGGAGGAUGCAUUGGCUGUAACAGACAAGGCACUCUCGCAGCUGCAUGACCAAACUGAAGUUGUAUCCUCGCAAGUCAAUGACUUCUUCACUCAGUUGAAGAGAGUCAUUGAUAAGCGAGAGCAGCAAUUGCUGGAUAAGCUUGACCAACUGCAAUUACCGCAGUGCGUACAGUUGCAAGAGCGAAAGCAACGCAUCCUAUCCAGCUUAUCAACUGGCCAGCGAGUCAAACAUCUCACCGAGUAUUGCCAGUCUGACAGCAACUUCUUGAAGAUGUGCGCCUGGCUGGAAGACGCCACACAUGACGUCAUGGAUGCAGCUGAAUCAGAAGUGAAGCCAUUCCAGCCAGUUACUCUACAAUUCACGGCUGAUGGCAACGACGAGUCCAACACAGCUAUAUGCAUCUCCAAGGCCGCUUCCAUCUGGAUCGCCGACACAGUGUCCUCUGAAAAGAGCAUCGCGACCAUUCUGGGAAACGUGGACGAAGGACAAGAUCUCCGUAUCUCCAUUGACUUGAGGAACCAACGUGGUGACGCGCUGACUGCAACAGACAAACAUCUGAACAGUGUGAAAGUGGAAGUGACGACGGGGGAGAAUGACACAACAAUCUGUCCGGUUGCCAAGGCAACAUAUGCAAAAACCUCCUCCAGCACAGUAUUCGCUGUAUUCAAGACAGGCGGCGGAAAGAAGGGACAAGUCAAAGUGUCUGUCACAACUGACACUGGCCACAUCCAGGGCAGUCCUGCAGUCACGACUGUUGAUGAUGUAGUGCAGUUCGACCCCAAACAAUGUAAUGCUGGCCUGGCUCUGUCUAACAAUGGCAGAACGGUCACAAAAUGCUGCUCCACAACAGAGGGACAGAGCUGUAUAUGGCACAACACGAUGGACCACGGGCAGACACAAAAUAUCUGUCCGUCUGGAUAUGUUUGGUCGUACACCUCGCGCUGA